AUGUCUGCCGCAACCUCAUUUUUGCAGAAACAGCUCAAGACCAAAUUGGUAGAAUGGGCUCAUAUCACCGACCUUCAGGAUUACGAGGGCUUCAAUAAGAACGAUCUCGUCACCGCGCUUGACUCACACCUCCAGGCUCACCAAUCUAUCUUCAUCGAUGAUGCACGCCUAAGGGACUAUUACAGGCGCUUGUCAGGAGAAUCGCAAUUUCUGUCACCUGCCAAGAAUCCAUCGCCUGCAAAGGCGUCGCCGAGUAAGAGGGGACACAAGGUGGAAGCCUCCCCGUCGCCCGACGAAGCACCCCGGUCAACGCGCAAGAGAGGCACUCGAUCCAACCGCGAAGUAGAGCAAACGGAUGACUCCGAUCUCCCCCAGACUCCUAGUCAGGUGCUGGUGAGCGUCCAGCGCCCCUUGUCGCCAUUGGGGGCGACACUCCCGCCCUCGCCUGCUGUGGUGACCGAUGUGAUCGAUCGCCAAACGGCCGCAUGGGGCAAAAGCCUCAAGGAGAUCUGGCGCGCUUGCAGGGUGCAGGAGCAAUCGGAAUCGCUGCGCUCUAAUCUGAGCAGCGUCAAAGCAAUCGGCGUCGUGCUGUACGGUAUCGAAAGCUUCAGUGUCUUGCGCUUACUCUUCCCACUGAGACCGUUGACCCGCAUCCCCGCCGUGGACGCGCUCCACCUACCGACGUUCAAGAUCUGGGCUCCUGAUGCUUUUGUUUUGGUCGAGAGCUCCUUCUGGACUGCGUUCAUUGGGUGGUUGUUUACCAGUUUGAUUAUUCCCCUGACCCUCGCAUACUUCUUCAACAUCAGCUUGCAGGUGGCCCAAACCGGCGGACCGGCGUCCAAUACUCGGCGGGCGGCAAGGCAACUCGCCAGCUUCGAUCCUCUGAGCUUCCACAUUGCCAAAGCAAUAUUUACAUACCUGGUCUAUUCCGGCAAGUUUAGCUACUGGGGCUUCUUCAACGAUGCCGCCAUCGAGGACGUCAACGAUGCUAUUCCGGGCCACUGGCCCGGCCUCAUCACUGGUUCCGCGAUCGGCGUGAUUACGACUCUUUAUGAAGCCAUUCUGAGGAAGUAG